AUAGGCUCACACGUUGCACGGGACCGUUUGGUUUGAAUUCUGACACUUCGGAGCCAAACUAUGGAAUCUGGAAGAACAAGUUUUGAGGUCUCAAAGAGAGAGAGAAAAAGGGAAAUUCAGUUUCUGAGAUAUCUAUGAGUGAGUGUUAACUAAUUGAAAUUUUGAGACUCACUUCCCAAAGAUGGUUACUAGAAGCCCACCAAAGCAAAACAAAAUGUUAGCUGUUCUCAAUCCUGCUCUAAUCAGAGAAACACUCAACAAGGUGGAUCAGUGCAUGGUUCGACUACAGGAACUUCAGUACACGGUGGCCGGUGGAAAGAAGGUGGUGUCAGGGGUAAGUCUCAGCCCUCGCAGCACCAAAGGUUAUCUCCGAACCAGUCUAAGGUGCAAGCAAGAAUCUGUCAGGAUCAAGCAUGAUGCACCAAGAAGAUUUACCCCGGGGAAGUUUCCUAAGCCAACUAAUUCAGGUGAAGAAUGGAGGCAAAUGUCAUUGCCAGCAAUGCUUGUUGGCGAAACUGUUGGAGAAAUUUAUAAGGCAAGUCAAUUUGCCAGAGAAAUAGUUUCAGCAGUUAGUAGGAAAACUGCCACCAAGGAACCAAAAACUCCACUGUCCCAACGGUCAAACCAGAAAGUUGACCUUGAAAACACACAACUCAAUGCUAGAAGAAGGAAAGAGAAGCAAAUUAAACCAGUCUCUGAUACCCCACCACCUCAACGGGCUCGUUCAAGGAUCAACUUUAAGAUUUCUCCUCCAAAAGCCUUUGACAAAAAGAAUGAUAACAAGUGUUUGCCAAAUAGGGCAUGUGCUAGCAAUAGAACUAACAAGAAAAAGAAUGAUAACAAGUGUUUGCCAAAUAGGGCAUGUGCUAGCAAUAGAACUAACAAGACAAUGCUAGUCCCCAAACCUUUAUUCUUGUCUACACAUUCUUCAAGGCAACAACAGUUUUGCCAGACAAAAUCUCCUGUCAUAUCAAGAAACAUAGGAACACAACAAAAGUGUUUGAUCAAGUCCCCACCACCUUCAGCAGCUUCCAAAGUUCAAGUCAAAGUAAAAAACCCAUCAAUUAUGUUUAUUUCUUCUUCACCCACAAGACCUACAACUACAAGUUUGAGUUUUUUGAGUUUCAGCAAGAAGAAUUCUCCUCAAACAAAGAGAUGGGUUCGAACUUCCUCUCCUUCUAGAAUGGCAACAUGAUUAUUAGCUUCACCUUUAAAGAGCAAGAAAACUGUGCAAAAAAGUAAUGGGGUAAUAAAUUUGAGGAAGUAUUCUCCAAAGAGAUCAGUUGCAUCAAAAUUAUGUCGAACUUUCUCUCCUUCAAGGCUGGCAACAAGAUUUGUUUCACCAUUGAAAAGCAGGAAAAGCACACAGCAAAAUGAUGGAUUGGUAAGUGGAGUGAAACAACGCCCAGCAAAGUGACAUGCUACUUUUUUUUAAAGCUUUGAUGAGGUCAAUAAUAUCUCAAUUCUCAAGAGUCGGAAGGGUUUUUAUUAUUUUUUUAGAGUAAAUAAAUAAGCUUCUAGCUUCAAAAAUAAUGCUAGCUCCUAGAGAGUGUUUGUGUAAAUAUCCUUGUUUUAUACGUUUUUUUACUUAUUUUAUAAACACGUGUUAAAUAAACAUUGACCCAUGUUUGAAUAUGCUUAAUUUCGCGAC